AUGGAAUUAAUACGAGAAGAAACGAUUGACAUACCCAACGAGAAAGGGCCUCUCAUAAUCGGAAAAGGCGGUUCUAAUGUUAAAAGGAUUACGGAAGAAUCGGGUGCAAGGGUCAAAGUAGAAGCUAAUCGUUUAAGGCAUAAAGCCAAAAUCACUGGAACAGAUUCCCAGCGCGCCAAUGCUAAAAAACUUAUCAACAAAUUGAUUUACGAAUCAAAAUCAAGACAAACUAUUCCAACUAUUGGGUUUACGCUCUUGGGGUCAGAUGAUACGUUUAAUCUCAGGGAAGCAAUGUUUCGAUUUGUUAAGUUUACGGGUGAAGACUCCAACGUGCAUUCACAAAAAAAGGAAAAAUAUUAUGUCGAAAAGAUUGAUAAAACCAAUGAAGAAGAUAAAGGAGAUGAAAUCGACGACUUGGCAAACCAGUUGCGUCACGGCCUCAAUCUACCUCUUUCUAAAGGUGGCUACAUAACAUGGGACAAAUUUGACGAGUGUCUUAAUGUAAUCUUUGAACAACUGUCCAAGGCUGAUCCCACCAAUUCCGUGGGAAAAGAAAUUCGUCUCAACAUAUUUUUCGGCCGUGAGCUCUUCACCGGAGUCUUUAAGAAAACUUUUGAUUCUCAUGACUGGUGCUCUUUCAGUCGGGAAAUUGGUCAUUCAAAAAUCAGCACGUCAUUCCAACAUAUUUUACCACAGAUUGCUGAUAAUAUUCAUUUGAUCCAAGAGAAAUUCGAGUUAAAGCUGCAAAAGGAGACACUUGCUGGUGACAAAAGAAGCAUUAGCGUUUAUCAUAAUCGGAAUUAUAAGAAAAUGAAGUUGAAACUGCACUGGUUUGAAAAGGAAGAAACAUGGAAGAUAACACGAGUCGCAAAAGACAUAAAUCGCGAAGGCAAGUUGAUUCACAGAAUUGUCGAUUUAGUUUCCGGAACAAGUAUGCCUGACAUGAGAUUCUUGCUAAAGUCCCAGUACGAUAUUCGCAUUGAUAACAAGGAUAAAGAAAUGAUUGCCGACAUACAAUCUAAACCUCUCGUCGAAAGAGAAGGAUUGUGGUUUCGAAUAAGUGAUUUUAAUGGUAAACUCGACUGCACAGGGAUUAGACAGACGGUUAAAAAAAAAGUUUAUGCAAAUGAGAAAUUUCAGGUCACUCUACAAACCACCCUCCAAGAAUUCCCUGUGAAUCAAGGUCACGAAAAAAAAGUUGCAACGGAAACAAAAGUUACAACGGAAGAAACAAUUUCGGUGAAAAACCUAAGUUGGAGAGCUGUUGAAAAUAUUGACAAAUCGACGGCAUUGCAUUUCGAUGAAGAAGAGCUCGGUUCCACAAUUCGUGAUACCAUUGAAUUUGCCAGAGAAAUUGCGAAAACUGUUAUGUGA